GGUGAGGGGGCGGGCCCUGUCUGCGGGUCUUCCCUAGCUGCCUCUGCUGGGCCCCGUGAUUCUGAGGAAGCUCUGGGUUCAGAGGAAGUGGGGAGUUGGGGCUUGAGCCUCCUCCCCCGGUGACCUCAGCCUGGGGAAGUAGAGGAUGGCUCCUGGUCACUCAGUGUCUGCAAUUUUCCUGCGAGCCGGAGGUGGGGGCGGUGGGGGGUGGAGUUCAGGCUCAGCUGGGUGACCUCAGGGAAAGGCUUUCCUUUUUCAGACCUCGGGCUCCUGGCAGAGAAGAGCCCUCUGCCCCCUGGAUCCUGAGAACCGGAAUGUGACUUGAAUGCCUCCCUGGGGAGGGAGGCAGAGGAGCAGAUGACCCCGCUCUGGGAACUGGGGACUCACAUCGGGAAUGAAACUUCAGAAACUGAGCCAGGGAGUCUCUACUGUGGCUCAGUGGAAACGAAUCCAACUAGUAUCCAUGAGGAUGAGGGUUCGAUCCCUGGCCCGGUUCAGUGGGUUAAGGAUCCAGUUGCCAUGAGCGGCGGUGUAGGUGGCAGACACGGCUCGGAUCUGGUAUCUCUGUGGCUGUGCUGUAGGUGGGCAGCUACAGCUCCUAUUCAACCUCUAGCCCGGGAACUUCCAUUUGCCGCAGGUACAGCGUGAAAAAGAAAGAAAAAAGAAAUUGAGCCAGAGUCACAGACAGGAAGUAGUUCAAGGGUGCUGCCUGGGGCUCACUGCCUGCCCAGGAUGCUAAUGGUAUCUGAAACCAGGGCUAGAGUAGGGGGGCAGGGCCAGUCAGGAGAGCUAGAAUGUGGCUUUCUGUCCCCACUGCCUCAGAGCUGGGCUCGCCCCCACAGGCUGGUGAGUCCUAUAACCCUCUGCUUUGGGGCAUCGCCAUCUGCUCACAGUGGGAAGCUCCAGGCCUUGGACCCGGGACUAGGAGGCUCCAGGAAGCUCAAGCUUCAUCUCCUGCCUCCUACCCACUAUGCUGUUUGGAGGCCCGGAGGCCGGGGCCGGAAGUGAUCAUCAAGAUGGAAAAUGUGGUCUGGCCUAAAGAUGGUGCGUCACUGAUGUGUCUGUUUGCAGCCAGUGCACGCUGCACCCCCCCCCCUCUUUCUGGAGGAGGCUGAAAAAGCUGAGCGUGCAGUCUGCGGAGAAGACAAGAAGCGGUUCCCUUCCCCCAAGACACAGGCAAGGGAGGAAAAGGGUAUUGAGAUCGUAUUGCAUCAGCCCUGGUGCCUGCUCAGUGAUCAGGCAGAGCCACCUCCUAGGGUUUGGGAUUAGCCUUCCAUUUCAGGGAUGAGAAUCCUGAGUCGAUGGGUAGAAGGUUUCUUGCCUAGGCACCAUAAGGUGGAGUUGGGAUUAGAACUCAGGCCUGGAGUUCCUGUCGUGGCGCAGUGGUUAACGAAUCCGACUAGGAACCAUGAGGUUGCGGGUUCAGUCCCUGCCCCUGCUCAGUGGGUUAAGGAUCCAGCGUUGCUGUGGCUCUGGCGUAGGCCAGUGGCUACAGCUCCGAUUUGACCCCAGUCUGGGAACCUCCAUAUGCCGUGGGAGCGGCCCAAGAAAUAGCAAAAAAAAAAAGACCAAAAAAAAAAAAAAAAAAAAAAAUUGGAACUCAGGCCUGAGUGACCCAGACCUUUGGGAGAAGGGACAGUCUCUUACAUGACAGAUAAGAAAACGGAGGCCUAUAGAGCGAAGGCAAAGCCUAGAGCUGCACUGAGACUCUGGCCUCUUCUUCCUGGUUCUCUCUCUCUCUCUCCCCGCCCCCCGCAGUGAUGUUCGCUUUGUGGUCGGUCAAGAACGGCAGGAGGUAUUUGCCCACCGGUGCUUGUUGGCGUGUAGAUGCAACUUCUUCCAGCGACUUCUGGGCUCGGAGAUGGGCCCUGGGGUGCCUAGCCCCGUUGUGCUAAGCACCGUGCCAGCUGAGGCCUUCCUGGCAGUGCUAGAGUUCCUGUACACCAACAGUGCCAAGCUGCACUGACACUCUGUGCUGGAGGUGCUGACAGCAGCUGUGGAGUAUGGGCUGGAGGAACUGCGAGAGGUGGGUCUAUGUGGCUGUCCCGUCUCAUUUCCCCCACCUCUUCUGGGCUCCGUUCACACCCUGCCUCACACACCUGCUAGCGUGGAGAGGACACGCACCAGUAGAGAGAGAAGAAUGGCUGUGCCUGGAGUUUGUGGUGAAGGUGCUGGAUGUGGAGCUAGUUUGUGAGGCUCUGCAGGUGGCCGUAACCUUUGGCCUGGGAUCGCUGCAGGAGCGUUGUGUAGCCUUCAUAGAGGCCCACAGCCAGGAGGCCCUCCGGACCCGUGGUUUCCUGGAGCUGUCGGCGCCAGCAUUGCUGCCCCUGCUGCGCAGCGACAAGCUCUGCGUGGACGAGGCCGAGCUCGUCCUGGCGGCCCGGAGCUGGGCACGCGUGGGCGCGGCGGUGCUGGAGCGGCCUGUGGCCGAGGUGGCGGCUCCGGUAGUGCGGGAGCUGAGACUGGCCUUACUGGCCCCUGCAGAACUGAGCGCCCUGGAAGAGCAGAACCGGAGGGAGCCACUCAUCCCGGUGCGGACGCGGGGAACCGGGCUCAGAUCCACUCCGGGGCGUGGGGGAAGCGCGGGGGGCGCCGGCCUGGGUCUGCAGGGCGAGGUGGGCCCUGCGGGACACCGCGGUGACCCGGUUUCCCUGCAGGUGGAGCAGAUCGUGGAGGCGUGGAAAUGCCACGCUCUGAGGAGAGGGGAUGCGGCCCGGGGCGCCCUGUGCCGCCGCCGGAGGGGCACCCUGCCCCGGGAGCAUCACCGCUUUCUGGACCCGCCCUUUAAGUGACCAAAGGCCGCCGGGUCCGGGGACUUCCGGCUCUCUGCCAAACUCCAGCUCCCGCCAUGCUCGGCGCACGGAGACGGCUUCCGCUCCCAGCAUGCCGUGCGAGGAGGGCGCGGGAAGCGCGCGGCGGUGGCGGGGGGGGAUACGCGGUCGGCCACGCGCAGGCGCGGUGGGCGAGGCGCCCGGGCGGUGGAGGGCGGGUCUGCGCGGCGCGGGGCGGCCCAGGGCUGGGCCUCCGCCUCCAGCCCCGCGCGAAAUCCGAAAGCGGUGUCCCUCGCGCCAGCGCUCCAGCUCUAUGGGCGGUUCCCGGGAGCCCGGCACUUUUGCGCAGCCCGGUCCCUCUCGUAAGCCACGCAUAUAUUUCAGCCCAGCUCCCUCUGUGUCGCCAGGCCCCCGCCCCGCAGCUCCCUCUCCGUGCCCCACAGGCGACGCAGCUUCGGUCCAAAACUGAGCUCCCGCCGCAUCCUUGACCAGUUCGGCCCCCAUAGGGUUUCCCAUCUCCUGGGUGUCUCCUCCGUGCUUUACGCCUCUUCUUCACAUCGGGCUCCCGGGACUUCUACCUACGAAGAGACUGAAAGCAGAUGCCUGCCCAGAAUAUGCCUUUUUAGCGUGGGGUUAUUUUAAGUUGAGUAUUUUGAGAAAAAGGAGAACUUUGAAAACAGAGAAGUUACCCUUUUGUAAGGGAAAUUUUUAUGAAGGAAAGCUCCAUGCGUAAGGUGUCUCCCUGUACCAGGAGGAGGAUGACUACGAAGAAUCUUGCCUUGCGGUCGCCACUGAAAUACACCUAGUAAACCUUAGCCUUGCUCUCGGUGCUUUUUCCUGAUGGCCUUCCCAUAACUGGCCUCCCCACACUUUUCUUUCCUUUGUCUUUAGCUGAAGAUGGUAUCUACACAGGUAUUUUAGGCCACCUCAGGAAGUUACUCGUUUUCCCCUGGGUAUCUCCCAUGUAUAACAUGUUAAUAAAUUGGUUUUUUUUUUCCCC